AUUAUUUAAAAUGUUUUUUAAUCUAAUAUAAUUAUGCAGUAAAAACAUUAUUAUUUUUAAUUAUACUGAAUAUCAAUGUCAAAUACUGAAGCAUAGAAGAAAUUUAGCAACGCGAAAUAUGGAGAACAAUACGAACAACAAUGGAAACGCACGCAAGAGUAAAUCGGUGAGGUUCACCCAGGAACCUCAAGUAUUUGUUUUUCAGUCCAACAACGACGGGGAACCGAUAGCGACGAGCCCAUCUCCUCUUACGCGACCGGAACAGGGCUCCGUCCGUGAACGCGCCAGGCGGUACGAUCAGAAUGUGGCGUGGCGCUCGAUCCCUCUGCAACCGAGGCCCCCAGCACUGCCUCCGAGGAACCCUGUUCGGGCGCCCGUCAACCGGGCAGCUCCGAAACCGUUACCGCCAAAGCCGCUGCCACGAGCCAAAAAUGACUCGACUGUUACAAAUAUCCGCCAAAAGGUACGCAUUUUCAGGCGUUGCCCAGACACCCGUCCCAUAACCGAAGGGCGUGAAGUCAUGCCGCUGGUACCGCACUACCGCAUGAAGGUGCCGGAUACGCCGCCGCCGCCGCCACCGUCUUCAGUGCCGUUAGCGCCGUUGGCGCUAUCAGUAGCAGCCGCACAAUCCGCACGAUCCACUCCGUCCACGUCCUCCACACCAUCCGCGCCAUCCGUGGACGACGACGACGACAACGGUAUACGUGUAGCGGACCAAUCCGACGACGUUCAGACCGACGGGACCACCGCUGCCGACGGCCACGAUGACGACGACAGACCAGGAUGCAUACAGGGUUGCAUUCUGUUCAUCGUGGGUUGCUUCUCCUGCAUCAUUGGAUAAUUUAAGGUAUUUCGCGUAAAUGUAUAGUAAAUAUUUCGAUUGUUUUCGAUUUUCAUACGUUAGUCACAUUACCUAGUUAGUAAUUUUAAUGUUAAGUUAAGUACACGUAAUGUGUUGUCUCUGUCUUACACACGUACGACAUAGAUAGAUUACGACUAGCACAGUUUUGGUUUCAAGAGUAAAAAUACCUAUUUUAAAAUGAAAACAUGAAAAUAUUUCUAGAAUCACACUCAAUAUAUUUUUUAAUGUCCAUAUGUAUUUCAAUUUUUUAUUAGAUAUUUUUAUUCUAAAACCAAAAUUGAGUUCUACUCAGACUGCGUAAACGCGAUUUGUCCAUGUCGUACGUGUGUAAGGCGGAGACAACACGUGCGGGUGUAUCACAAAUCUCAGUAAUAUUAUGUAUACGUACAAUUAACAUACGUCGGACGGACUACAUUAGAGCCACUUAUUGGCUAUCGUCAAAAAUGUUUUCUUAUAAUAUUACUGUAAAUAUAUAAGCCGAAUAUUCGUCUGACGUGUACUUGUCAUUAUUGUAUAAAUAAUAAUCUUUUUUUUUACGCCGGACGGACUACAUUAGAGCCACUUAUUGGCUAUCGGCAAAUCUUCUCAUAAUAAUAUUGUUGUACAUAUAUAAGCCGAA